AUGUCAGUGAAAAUUGAAACGACUGAUGUUGAAUUACAACCAAUUGAGCUGUAUCUCACCGAAUGUAUCGGAACAAAUCUUCAUGAAAUACGUCAUUUAGUUCCUUUUUUGUCACUUUUGAAUUCUCUAGGUAAUUCUGAGGACGAAGAGCGAACGACAGCGGAGAUACAUAGUCUUCUAUGCAAAGCUUUCUCCAAUACAGUCCGAUUGAUUGUUGAAAAAGAAGACUCUCUGCUUCUGUGGAGUCUGUGUCUUCUCUUACGCUUGCCCAAAGUCUGCUCAGACUCUGAACCUCUGAGGAAAUACUUGGAAAAAGAGCCGGAUACGCAACUCACAGACUCAUUUUACCUUCAACAUUUCAUUUGUUUUCCGGACCCGUUCUCUUAUCCCGUGACGCAUUUACAGAUCUCUGCUGUCGUUCUGUCAUCAGCUAAAGAAAGCUCAGUCUUAAAGAGUGUUCCUGCUGUUCGUCAGCGGACUGUUCGAACCGUUUUGUGUGCUCCAAAGAGCCACAAACAGUAG